UAUGCAGAUGAUUAUUUCACAAGCGUCACAAAAAUUCCGCUGAGAUAAGGAAAAGUUACAAAUUCACAUUCAUGGCGUGUCAACAAUUACUGAUAUUCAUCUGUUUAACAGGAACUGUGCAGCUGUGUUGUCCUGAUGGCUGGAGAAAGGGAAAGAACUCCUGUUACUAUAUAGGUACAUCUUUAAAGACCUGGGUGGAAGCAUCUGGUAUUUGUCAAGCUUUCCACAGCGAACUAGUUGUGAUCAAUGACGCCGAAGAAAACUCUCUUCUUAAGGAGAUAAUCACCAAUAUCAAAGGUGCAUUUUCUACGAACUUUUGGAUGGAUGGUUCUGAUCAAAUCACGGAAGGACUAUGGGUCUGGGCAUCAACGAUGGAAACAAUAAGGUACACAAACUGGGAACAAGGUGAACCCAACAACUACAUUGGAAUUGCUGAGGACUGUCUGGAGCUCUAUCUGUCUAAUUUCAAGUGGAACGAUAUACGCUGUACACACGCCAACCAUUUUAUAUGCGAAAAAGAACUCUCAACACAAGAUCCAGUAGGAGAACUUGUUGGAGGAAGAUAAAUGGCAGUUAAAUUUAUUCAGGAAAACAAUGCAAUAAAUUAUUUGUGAUCUU